UGGAGGGCGUUUUGUUCAUGUAUGUAUAGGCCAACAAUAACCGGCAGGCUGUAGUUUAGUCAGGUUUAGACAAUAGCAGCAGCUAAAGUCGUCGUGCGUACGCAAAUCUCGUGCGCUCAACGAGACUGCUGUAGAAGUUGAUGGAAUUUGGACUAAUCCUACGACUUUCUGCUGACAUCAUCUUGCCUAGGUUCAUCCAUUCUUGGCUCACUGAUGACGUAGACAGUCUACAUCGUUGAACAUUGGAAUCAAGGUAAACCCGUGCUAGUAGCAUUAAGCUCCUAUUUCAGCUGUUCCUUUAAGAAAUUCCUCGGCGUGAGCAGCAUGUCGUUGAUCAAAGCUCUCCCAUUUAUGACAUACACUGUCCUCCACGGCAGUUUAGCGUACAAACAACAGAUCAUCAUCUUCAGUGGACAGAACUAUUCCCCCGCCAUCGCUAUCCCCUUCCUCAUGGUGGCCUGCGGGGGGCUGUUGGACAACGUAAGACUUGCCAUGGGAGCUCUACGCGGCCCCGCGGGAGCUUCGUUGCAAUUGGCUGAUUUGUGUUUCUUCCUCCAUUACGUCAUCGUGCCCUUGACCUUCACCAGUCUGGCGUAUAUCGCAGUCGGCAUGUUGCAGGGUUAUGAUUGGUUGAUGACAGGGAGCUAUCUUCUGACGGCGGCGUUUGUGGUUCAUGGACUUGUUACCUAUCACGGAAAAGUGGCGGGAAAUUAUGCCUUGUCCUUAGAAGGUGGGAUUGCGAAAUGGACAGUGGACAGGAGCAAGGUCAAGGUGACCUUUGACAUGAUUCUUCCCGUCAUGCUGAUUGGUUUAUUUGGAGUGAUUGUUGGCGCUAUUGGCUGGUGGCAGAGGGGGUGGGCGUGGCUGUUCUUCUUGCAGCUCGCUGGUUUUCUGGGUCAAGCAAUGGUACCGAGCAUGAAAGCCGGCGGCAUGUACCUUUCUAACUUCCUGGAGGUGGUUUUCCUGGCAAGCAUGAUGGCCACUCAAAUAUAA